AUGAGGAUCUUUACCAAAUCGGAGAGAAAACUCAAGUUUAAGAUUCCAGCGAAGCAUUUGGAUUGGUACAAGGUUGGAUGGCAUAUGGCUCAGAAUGAAGACCAGGGUACUCUCAACGCAUUCAUGAAGAACUCGGGGAAAAAUUUGAACAUGAAGAUGACAUGCUUUGUAUGUUUGGAUCAAAUUGGAAUGGUGUCUUGGUUUAGGACUAGCUUGAGCUUUUUAUCAAUUGACAUUUGA